AUGCAUGUGCUGUUGGUAUAUUUGUUCAUACUUAUCGGAGCGGCCGUCAUUACUCGCCUUGCUUUCGGCGAGGACAGCCACAGGCGUAUUGCUGAGGGCUGUGGGCUCGAUCUUUUCCUCGCCGGCGAUGCGAAGGAUGCCGUGAGCGUGGAGGCAACCACUAAGGAUGCAGAGGGAGGGCCACUGGCGGGGGAGGUCCCUCCGCUCUCCCCGGAGAAAAGUUUUCAAGAGGGGUCCUUGGCGAGUUUCGCGUCGUCCAAGGGGGUGCCGCCGGCUCAGUGCUGGAUGCUUCGUUUUCUGGAAGAAACGUGCUGCGCGUUGCCGGUGCGUGCAUCCGACGUGCGCGUCCUGCACCACCCCACCGCGUUUUACGACGAAAUGCGAUCCCAGAUCCGGGCGGCCCGGCGUAGCAUCGUCCUGUCGGCUCUUUACCUCAGCCAUGGGCCCCUCUCGCAGGCGUUUGUGGAGUGCCUGGAGGAGAAAUUCCGCGAGAUGCUCGAGCUCUGGGAGCGGACGCAGUCCUCCGGCGGCGACGGCGACGAGGUGGCGGAGCGUGGCGAGCCCUUCACCAUCACCGUUCUGAUGGAUUACAACCGGAUGCACAGCCGGCGCGACCUGGCGACCGUCCGACGGCUCCUAAGCAUGGCGGAUGUGGGGAGUGGCAGGGCCUCUGCCUUCCCCCACGCGCCGGCCUCCACGCGGCCUCAGGUUCAGCUCUUCCUCUAUCAAAGCCCGUGCCGGUGGAAUCGCGUCUUCGCACCCUUCGGCCGCGCGAAGGAGGCGUUGGGGGUGCAACACACCAAAAUCUUCUGCUUUGACGGCCAACACACCCUCCUGACGGGGGCGAACCUCUCGGAUGACUACUUCGCCACGCGCAUCGAUCGCUACGUCGCCUUCGACGCGAACGUCCACAUCGCGGAGUGGUUCACCCGCCUCGUGCGGGUGCUCUGUGCGCUUUCGCAUCCGGUUGAGCGGGGGGUGGACCCCGCGGAGGCGGGUGGAUCCCCCUCGUUCCCUUCCCCUUCGACUUCUUCCCCUUCUUCGCUUUCCUCCCCUCUUCACACGCGUUGCGGGCUCGUCGUGCGGCCGAACGCGACGGGGUUCGAUCCUUCCGCGCAGCCAGGGGCCUUCGCGCAGGCGGCGGGGGCGCGGCUGCGGGCUUUCGCGCGUGGCGUCGGGCGCGAUUUCGCCGGCCUCGCCUACACCGCCCUCACUUCACCGGAGGCGGGGUGCGAUACCCUUCUCUUCCCCACCCUGCAAUGCGGCCGUGCGGGGGUCUUCCACGACAGCGCGGUGGUGAAAUCCCUUCUGGGGAUGACAAGCCCCACCGAUCACGUCUUUCUCACCUCGCCCUACCUCAACCUGCACGCCGAGUUCGUCGAGGAGUUCCUGCAUCGCGAGAUCCGGCUGGACUGCAUCACGGCGAGUGUGAAGACGAAUGGGUGGAAUGGGCAGCGGGGGAUCGCGGGGUUUAUCCCGUUUUUUUACCUGCAGCUCGAGCGGUCGUUUUACUACCUGAUGAAGGCCUACCACUGCGUGCACCGUGUGCACCUCCAUGAGUUUUCCAUGCCGGGCCUCACCUUCCACGCGAAGGGGGUUUGGUUCGUAUCGGAGCCCGCGAAGGGCGAGAACGGCUCGCCACCUCCCGCAGGGCUUCGCGACAUCCCCACGCCUUAUCUGACGGCGUACGGCAGUACGAACUAUGGCUACCGUUCCGUUUUCAAGGAUCUCGAGGCAGAAGGAUUUCUCUUCACAUUUAACCAAUCGCUGCGGGAGUCCAUUAAGGAAGAGUUGCACUCCCUCCUGCAGCACUCCACCGCGGUUCCGGAGGCGCAGUUCGUCGGCGAGGCGAUGGGCCGCUUCCAACCCGUCAUCUCUCUCCUCGCGCAGAUGGGGCAGUACUUUUUGUAG